AUGAGACGAAGCGAAAUCGAGACGCAAUUUUCGACAGAGGUGGUGACAGAGACGGAAGCUAACCAGCAAGCCGUCGCUGGAGAAGCCUCGAGCAGCCGGAGAAAGAGGCAACGACUUCCCUCCAUUGUACAAGGAGGAGGCGGGAAUGGUGGAGGAACGGCGAGUGGAGAUCAGAAUAUAGCCGGCGAUGAGGAGAUGACGGUGGUGCGAUCUGGGACGCUGCUCGAUCUAGAUCUUCUCGACUGUCCCGUUUGCUGCAACGCACUAACGAUUCCGAUCUUUCAGUGUGACAAUGGACAUAUAGCUUGCUCUUUUUGCUGCACUAAACUGAGGAACAAGUGCCCUGCCUGCGCUUUACCCAUAGGUAACUAUAGAUGCAGAAUAAUGGAAAGAGUUGUUGAAGCAACCGUCAUCCCAUGCUUAAACGCUAAACGUGGUUGCACCGAGAAGUUCUCUUAUGGCAAAGAGUUAGACCAUGAGAAGGAGUGCGGUUUCGCUCUCUGCUCCUGUCCUGCACAAAAUUGCAACUACAGCGGCGUGUACAAGGACCUCUACAGUCACUACGAUGCUAACCACAGGGGCUCAUCGAAUCGUUUCUGGUGUGGUCAUUCCCAGUGUGCAUGUGUGAGCGUAAGCGGUGGCAUUUUAGUUCUUCAGGAAUAUAGAGAUGGUCCGUUGGUUGUGGUCCAGAGUUUCAAGGAGCCACAAGGAGUGUAUGUGACUGCCAACUGUAUAGCACCUUCUGCUCCAGGAGUUGGGAAGUUCUCCUAUAAGCUGUCCUAUUCGAGGGGAUGUAAAACUAUGAAGUUUGAACCAGGGGAGAUGAAUAGGAUUCAGAAAGUGAGCUUCCAUACUCCUGAGAAGGACUUUAUAAUCGUGAAAAAUGAGAGAACACUUCUUAAGUCUUCUGAAAACGUUCCGGCGGGAAACAUAAGCUUGACUGCUCUGCCACAUUGA